GCACUGUCGACGCAUAUGACCGUCACGUGUUUCGUCUGCUACAAGAACCACGAGGUUUGGCCUCCGCGCGUUGAGGCAUCGGACUCGGAUCCACUCCCGAAGCUUCUGGCAACAACUGUUAAAUCCCGCAAGAAUGAUAUCACCAUAAAGACUAAAAUUACCAUAUGCGAGGCACGAGAGGAGGCUGGCUUCUUGGAUGGCGACGUGUUGAUUUUCCCGGAAAUGAUCAAAUAUAGGUAAAUCUUCUGAAUAUGUU